AUGGUCAAAAAGAUCAAGAAGAAGAAGAGACAACUGGCAGAUCCACUUGACGAAGUCAUUGUUGAAACUGAUCUUGGCAGUGGAAGCGAAAGUUCAGCUAUUCGUCAUGAUGAUAUUGGAUUUGGCUUUGAGACACCUCAAAGGGACUCUCCAGUUAAGUCGAUUUUCGAGUACACUGGAAGUCUUGGUGGCCAUGUACACGUAUCUAAUAUGGAUACAACCACCAAUUUGUGUGAAUCUCCAUCUACUUCCAUCCCUGCGAAGGAAAUUGUCAUACCACCUGAGGUUUCGCGAACUGAGUCUCUUACGGAGGAGGUUCGAACCUCAUAA